GCGCGUAGGUGUUUCCGGUGUCUCGUAACAUUUUACUUCCUUCCACACAGACCGACACGAACAAACCGAAAAAGAAGACGUCGCUAACGUUAAGUAUUGUCGCCAAAAACCGCCUUCCGAGCUUAGUUUUUGUUGUAUUUUCGUCGGGUAAAACGUGGCAUGUGGUCCUCGGUGUCCCAAGACUGAGAAUUAUCAGAGAACCGCAGACUGUAUCGUGUAGGCCUCCGAGGGAAGAAAGUUUAGAGUCGGGCCUGUAAACAACAUGUCCUCCGCCUCGCAGCCUUCCUCCAGACGGCAGUGGUGCUACCUCUGCGAUCUGCCCAAGAUGCCGUGGGCCAUGCUGUGGGAGUUCAGCGAAGCGGUGUGCCGGGGAUGUGUCAACUACGACGGCGCGGACCGGAUUGAGCUCCUGAUCGAAACGGCGCGGCAGCUGAAGAGCACGCACGGGGUGUUAGACGGCAGGUCUCCCGGACCCCAGCAGAGCAAACCCGGUUCGGUGGGGACCGUCGAAACGGGGCGGCAGCAUAGUGAGCGCGUAGACAGGGGGAGGGGGGAAUAUGGGGUGUCUUCCCGGCUCCCCAACGGCUUGCACCGAGCUGAGGACGUGGCUUUAUCGGAGGGAAGCCGCCAGAGCCCGAACACCCGCCGGGUUGUGACCGGUGCAGUGCCCGGGCUCCACAGCACCAUCUCUCACGCCUUGAUAGCUCAGGGGUUGGUGGCGGCUCCUCACGGUCUUUUAGCCCCAUUAUCGGGCUCCCGAACUGCCAGCACACCCAUCGCGGUCUCAGCCGGGCCCAUCAUGAGUGAGGGUGGCAGAAGGCAGGCGGUGUCUCUGGGAGUGGGCGCCAGCACCUCUGCCCUUGUGGGUAUAGAUCCAGCAGUGUGGAGGAACAAUGAGGUGAUGGCCGAAUUGAACGAAGUGGCCAGAAACCGGGUGGAAGGCUGGCCGAACCGACCCAAAGCGGUGCGAGACGUGCUGGUGGCCCUGAGCAACUCCAUCCCCUUCAACGUCCGCUUCAGGAAAGACCACAACCUCCAGGGCCGCGUCCUGGCUUUCGACGCCAGCACAACUCCAGAGUUUGAGCUGAAGAUCUUCAUUGAGUAUCCCGUGGGCUCCGGGAUCAUCUACUCAGGGAUCCCGGACCUGGUCCGGCAGAUGUUCCGGGAUUCGGCGAAAGAUGCAGGCAAAGCUGUGAAUUCCGGCCUGCGAUACGUGGAGUACGAGAAGCGGCAGGGUACCGGGGACUGGCGUGGGCUGUCCGAGCUCCUGAACGACGGCGUGAGGAUGUUCAAGGAGCCACCCAUUCCAGAGGUCCUGCCCCAGCCAGACCCGGUGCUGUCAUUGGCAGCGACAGGCCGCCCGGGUCCGGCGAAGAGCACGACCAGACGCCGCAAAGCUUCUCCUGGCUCGGAAAACGGCGAGAGCGACGGGAGACCCGACCACUCGGCCAGGGAGUCCUGGGCCCGGAGCGCCUACACGGAGCCUCUGCCCGGCAUGGCGGCACCUCAAGAAGGGCCGCCGCGUCUCCACAGCCAGCCGUCGCCCAUCUCGGCCCUGAUGGGCGUCACAGACAGCCUGAGCUCCAGCCAGAUGCCCAGAGACAGCCCAGGCAUGUCCACAGCCCACUCCUCGGCAGCAGGUCGCUCCACCAGCAGUAGCCCGUCCACCGCCUCCACCUCGGCCUCCCAGGCAGCCAUGGGCCAGGGCAUGAGUGCGGUGGGGCCGAGCGGCAACACCAACACUGGGGAGAGCACGAGCAGCACGCAGGGCACCCUGCUCUGCUGCACGCUCUGCAGAGAGCGCCUGGAGGACACACACUUUGUCCAGUGUCCCUCCGUCCCUCACCACAAGUUCUGCUUCCCCUGCACCCGAGCGUUCAUCCGCAGCCAGGGCCAGGGAGGGGAGGUGUACUGCCCGAGCGGGGAGCGCUGCCCCCUGGCCGGAUCCAACGUGCCUUGGGCCUUCAUGCAGGGCGAGAUCUCCACCAUCCUGGCCGGAGAUGGAGACGUGACGGUAAAGAAGGAGGAGUGACCCCCCGCUGACCUCCCGACGUCUCCGACCUGUCAUGGUGAAUGCAUCCAGAUAUCAGGAAUACCACUGUCUCUUCCUGACUUUGUGUAAACUUCCACAUUGAAAACAUCCUGUAGAGCAAUGCUGCGGUGCAUUCAAAGACCAGGUAGAAAACGGCUUUCUGAGCGCCUCAUGCAGUCCAGCCGCUGAACAGUCGCUCCAUCCUUAAAGACAGAGCGGUUUUCACUUCUGGAAUCAUUAAAAAAAAAGAAAAUGGCUUAAACCAAGGAAUUAAUUGAUUUUAUAGAUUUCAGUGGCAUUUAGUUUUGAUUUUAAGCAUCACAAAUUAAAAUGUUAUCACUGAUUUGUUUGGACACUUGGAGAAAUAUGCAUCCAUUCAAAUAUAAAAAUGGUUCAUGACUAGUUUUUACUUUUAUCAUUUAUUCAGAGUUGGAUCUGCCACAAUCGCAAAUUUUGCUGGAAGGUAAAUUGUCCCUGUAAUUAUUGCGAUAAGCGAUAUUGUUUUUGCAAAAAAUAUACUGAUGACAUAAUAAUGCAAAUUUGCCCUGACAAAAACCAAUAACUUUUAACUCUAUAAAAAAACAUGUAACGGUAGAACUGGAAGAUAUUUUAUAUUUCCAAAGUAAAACACAAAAAGAUGAAUAAAACAGAAAUGAGAAGCACACAAUCAAAACUGUAAACAAUAUGGAUUAUAAAGUGUCUGUAAACAAAUUUCUCUUCAAAAAAUAUUAAUCUGAUUGUAAAUUGAAUUAAUUUUAAUUCACUGAUGUUUCUUGUCCAAUCAUUUAAAUGUUCUAUCAAUACCUUUGUCUACUGUCUCCACUGCUUCAGUUAAACUACCCACAAUCCUGCAUCAUUGUCACCGGUCACGUUAUUCACUCACCCUAAAGAAA